AUGGUGCUCGUAGAGGUGGAGAGAAUCACAGGCGAGCAGCUGGAGUGCCAGAUGGAAGAAGAGGACACCAUCCUGCGCCUCAAGCAGUCCCUCGAGCUUCUCGGGGGCGGACCACCCAUGUGCCAACGGCUACUGAUGCACAAUGUGGAGGGUCACCAGGCGCAGCGUUUACUGCCGGUGAUGGCCCAACAGCUGCAGGAGCUUGUAGACCAGAUUGCCCCUGGCCAAUUGCAGCAGCUGAGUCGCAGAGCGAACACCAAGCAAGGCAUCUCUGGAGAGAUUCGCCUGUGCCUGGAGACCAGCGCGCACUUGUUGGCCAGAAGCCCUCAUUGGACAGCUGCUGGUGAGAAAGCUUUCAAGAUGGAGAUGGCUGGGAGGCCUUUGGACACCAGCCUGCCCGAGUGCGUGAAGAUGUGUUCCCAGCCCCAGAGCUUCAUCGCGGCCAUGUCUGGCUUUGUGGAGGAUGUGGCCAGGGGCUGGGUGCUCGAAGAGGAGAUUCUGGAAGCGGAGCAAUGCGUGGAAGUGAUGUCCGGUCUGGAAGAGGCCGAUAAAGACGGCACAAGAAGGUCGCUGGAUCCUGUAGUGUGCCGUAUUCGGGAUUGGACUAUCCGAGCAAUCCGCUAUUAUCGGGAAUUUCGCCAGAUGCAGGAAGGGGCGGUAUCAUUGGAACUCCUGGACCAAAUCAACUUGGCUCUUUAUGCUGAAGUGGCUGCGGUGGGUGGCUCCUCAUUGAAAAUAUCUUUGUUGACCGAUCUGGAGCCGGCGUUGCAAGCGCUGGAGAAGGGCUCAGGUGACACGUCCGAAGCCAUCCGGGCUUUGGGCGUCUUGGGCGCCAAGAGCCCCGAGAAGGCCUUGAAGCUCCUGGCAGCGAAGUUGUCGCAUCCAGCGACUGCGAUGGAGGCGGAGGAGGCCAUCACCUCUGCCUGGAAGCAAGGUGACGAUGCUGCGGUCACGUUGCUGCUGGACUCUCUCCCUGAGCUCCCCCACGGCACUCCGAACUGCCGCUCCAGCGCGGUGAGGGCCUUGCUCCAUUUGGGGCCCAAGCACCAGUUGGUGCUGCACAGGAUGAUGGGCGGCUUACUGGUGGGCACACCGGAAGACAAGAGCCAGUGCAUGGACGCCUUCAGGCAAAUCGAAGGCAACUUCGCAGUGAGUUCAGUGGUGGACUGCAUCAUGGACCAUUACUUCCAUGGAUCGAAUCAAGUUGAGGAUACCACGACACCGGAAUGGAAGGAGGCAGUGAGUCUCAUCUUGGAGGUUUUGCGGCGCUGCGCCGAAUCGGUGUCAUCCAUCGAGGACAAAGUGAUCCCGAAGAUACUCGAGAAUUUGGAGCUUUGGAGGCCUGCGUGGGCACAGCAACGUGCUGCCUGGGCGGCUGAGAUCUUCUUCAACAAUGCCUUAGGGAAGGAGCCGGUGCCCUUUCGGAUUUGGAUGUCCAUGCUGCAUCAAAAAGGUAAAGCCUUUCUCGACCUGUGCGAGAGCUUUCUGGCUGUUGCACCUGGAUCCUACCAGGAGCUCAUGGAGCACUUAUGCAACGAGCUGGCAGGAGGUGAUGGCCUCAACCGGGGCGAUGCAAUCCGUGCAAUCGGCUCUUUAGCAAGCAAGCAGGACAAGAAGGUCAUGAUACAGCUGCGGAGGUAUUUGGGGCGCGCAGACUUCAUCUUGAUUCGCGAGGGCCCACACUACUUGCUGGCUGCCCUGGAGGUUCUUCAUUCGCUGAACGGCCAUGAGGACGAUGAAAAGCCGUGGAAGAGUCCUGCUACUCCAGCACACUUCAAGCUCAUGAAAGCCCUAGCCAAAAGGUUAACCAAGACGGGAAGCAAGUCCUACAGCUCUCCAUUGCUGAACUUGAGUCUGGCCUUGACUGAAGAGGUGGGCGCGGACGAGCUGCCGUCCCAGGCCACUGCACUGGGGCAAUCAUAA